AUGGAAGAAUUCAACAUCCAUUGGGUACUAGUAGAUAAUGGAAGCUUAGCAGACAUCAUCUAUCUACCAACCUUCCAACAAAUGAAGUUGAGCAAAGAAAAACUUCGACCAUUCACUUCCCCAUUGAUAAGUUUCACUAGGGACAAUGUCAUUCCCAAAGGUGUUGUUAAGCUAACCAUAAUUGCAGGCACUUAUCCAGCACAAUUUUCCAAGGAGAUUGAUUUCCUUGUGGUAGAUUGCCCAUCGACGUACAAUGUCAUCCUUGGACGACCAACACUCAACAAGUUGAAAGCGGCAACAUCAACCUAUUACCUAAAGAUGAAAUUCCCUGCAACCCACGGCGUAGGGGAAAUUAGAGGAGACCAAAUCCUCGCAAGGGAAUGGUAUCAAGCUGCUCUAGCAUCAGGGGAAAAUCACACAUGGAUGACAGAUGAACCUGAACCAGUCCCCAAACCGUCAGAAAUGCCACAAAAGGUUGAGGUUGUCCCUAGAGAUUCGUCCAAGGUCUUGAAGAUAGGGCUAGCACUUUCAGCCUUAGAAAAGACAAAGAUAACAAAAUUUCUAAGAGAGAACCAGGAUGUUUUCGCUUGGAAGCACGAGGAUAUGCCAGGAAUCAAUAGGGAAGUCAUCCAGCAUCGUCUUAACGUCAAUCCAGAGUGCAAACUAGUGCAGCAACAAUGGAGAAUAUUUUUACUUGAAUGCAAUAAGGCAAUAGCAAAAGAGGUUGAGAAACUCCUAAAGGCGGGCUUCAUAAGGGAAGUUUUUUACCCUGAGUGGCUAGCCAAUGUGGUAAUAAUAAAGAAGAAGAACGGUAAGUGGAGGAUGUGUGUUGACUUCAUAGAUCUCAACAAGAUCAUGAUGGACAAAGAAGAUCAAGAGAAGAUCGUGUUCAUCACUAGCCGAAGGUUGUACUGUUACAAGGUGAUGCCUUUUGGACUAAAGAAUGCAGGGGUCACAUACCAGAGGUUGGGAAAUUCUUGGGAUUCAUGGUAUCCCAACAGGGGCAUAAAGGCUAAUGUAGACAAGAUAAAGGCAAUAAUGGAGAUAAAAUCCCCAAAGACAGUGAAAGAAGUGCAGAGCUUGAAGGGAAAAGUUGCAAUCCUAAACAAAUUCGUCUCUUAA